AUGCAAUUCUACAUCCCAGCCGCCGUCGCGCUCAUGGUUGCCGGCGUCAUGGCCGCUCCAGGUUCUGCCCCCGCCACCCUCGAGGCGAGAAGAACCUGUGUCGGGGGCGCCAUCGUGUGCUCUUACAACAAUGGUGGACGCUGCAUUGUCCCCUGCAUUUUCAAGUGCAGAUGCCCUCCCGACUGGGACGGUGGACACAACAGCGCCAGCGGCUGCGGCAUCAUGUCCAGUCGUACGGGUCAGUGCUUCCCGUAG